GGGCUGCAAAGGCGGUGGCUGAAGCGGGUUGGGCAUCGUGCGACUGGUUGCUGUGGCAGGGACUCCCGGUGGAGAUGGGUGGAGUGGGCCAGGCGGGAGUUUCGACUUUCAACUAAACUACAUCAUCCCCAGCACACCCAAGACCUUGCUGGUUUCUGCCCGAUUUCUCGAAGGCAUUGGAACUUUAUAUUGCCAGUAGUCUGUUGACAUCCGGCGCUGCCCUCCAUAAGCAACCUCGAUAAAAUUCAACGAUGAGAGAUUGAACUGCAUUACUACCACCACAGUCAACUCAUUCUGUCUAACGAAGAGAAAUUACUCGGUCGCAUUCAAUCUACACCCCCGCUCCAAGGUCAUAAGAAUGCGGGCCUCGUGGUGGAUCGGAUGGGCCUCAUUCCUCCCCUUGGUCCUCUCGAUCGAGACGGCGCCCUUUUCAGCACCGCAGACCAUCGAGUCCAAUAAACGAGCCUUUGAAGUCCUCCAAAUUCUCAGACGAGCCGAUAACAACUGCCCCACGGGCUACAACCCGUGUACCAGUCUAGGCAACUCGAAUGCCUGCUGCAAACAAGGCACAAACUGCUCACGCGAUGCCGCCAACAACAUCGCAUGCUGUCCGACCGGCGCCAGCUGUACGGGCAGUCUGACCGGAGCUUCUACAGCCACAUCCACCGGUACCAGCUUCUUGUUUCCCCAGGGGGCGACCGCGACGACGACGACCACCACUGCCGACUCGAGCGCGGCUUCGAUCACCGGCUCCACGAUCUCGGGGGCAUACCCGUUCGUUUACGUACCUACGACCUUUGCUGAUGCCGCUACUUGCUCGUCAUACUACUCGCUCUGCCGGUCUGAAUACACCCAGUGUACAGCACAGCUCAUGGGUCGCUACGGGGUAACGGUCGGAGGAGCGGGCGGGGCAGGCGUCACGGUGGAAGCAGUGACGGCAACCUCGCAGGCUACGUCUAUCUGCUCCAGUUUGAGCCAACAGGCCUGUCACGGUCUUCAAUUAAAUUAUUGCGCAACCGUGGCGACGAGUACAGCCCAUGCUACAAGCGGAAAUGGGGCGGCGCCGGUGCGGACGACGAGUCUACACGAUUUGAUGCUGGGCCUGAUGGUGGGCAUUGCGGGUGUGUUUAUUUGAUGUGAUAUGACAUUACGUUCGGGAUUUGGACCUGCUGGUCUUUGCUAUGAUGCUUUGUAUAUUCUUUUUUCCCCCAAUGUCUAUGUUGAACUGUGAUGAUGCCCCCUAUCAUGAACCUUGGACUAGCCCAUAGUUGGUAUGAAUGACUCAAUUUAUGUACACCGCAUUUUUCGGCUUUGCCCAAAUCUCUUCUACGAUUGCACUAAUGCACUAGACCACGGCAUUGACAGUGCGUGUAAGUCCACUAGUUCCACAUGAUUCAGACCUUCGUCACCGCGGAUUGGGCUGUUGACUGUUGGGCUGCUAAUGGUGGCACCGAAAACAGAGACAUAAUGACAUUGGAUCGGGUCCAUCGUGGACGAGACGAGUAUUAAAGUAACACGGUCAUUGUAGAGGUAAAAUUUCUUCUCAUACUCACAGUUUACCCGUUGUUCUUUUCGCAAUAAACAAUAAACUCAGUUCGAUAACAUUCCACCGCAAUGACUGGCUCGGGGAUCCGACCGCAUGCUGAUCGCUGCCACGAGGGCGGGGAAGUUGGUUGCUG